CGGCCAGUUGCGCUGGUUCCUCCCAGUGGGAGUGCCACCGUUCUGGAGAACCAGCUCACUUCCUUAUCGCUGUUUAACCCGGCUUCCAUAAACAGGGUAAUAAUAAAAAGAUCUUCCCCUGCUAUCGAGAUGCUGUCACGGUCUCCGUGUGUUUACCGCACGCUGGGUCGGUCCCUGUCUGCGGCGAACCAGGUUUAUAAUUUGAGAAUUCUGCCGAAUUUAUCAGGUCGAUCGCUCUGCAGCCAGACUGUUUACAGGAAAUCCCAGCCAGCCUUCUUGUUGGUCCCAUCCAGUUCAUACCAUUGCAGAUAUUUCAGGACAUCUGCUGCUUACAGAGACGAAUUGGUGACAAUCAACACUCCUCCAUUUGCUGAGUCAAUCACAGAGGGUGAUGUAAGGUGGGAGAAAGCUGUGGGUGACUUGGUAGCACAGGAUGAAGUGGUGUGUGAAGUCGAGACUGACAAGACAUCAAUUCAAGUCCCUACGCCUGUAGCCGGUGUGAUCGAGGAGCUGCUGGUCCCCGAUGGAGGAAGGGUGGAAACCGGAACUCCGCUGUUCAAACUACGGAAAACAGCUGCUCCAGCUGCCGAUGCUGCUCCUUCCCCAUCUACAGAGGAUGUUGCUCAUCCACCACCUCCACCUCAGCCCUCUACCUCUGCUGCCUCAUCCCCACCUCCAUCUCAGCCCUCUACCUCUGCUGCCUCCUUCCAACCUCCACCACAGCCUGAUUCAGCCCCACCUGCUGCUGUUGUCGAACCCGUUCAUGUAGCUCCAGCACCUCCAGCAGCGGGAAUCCGAGGGGAAAGCAGGGAAAGAAUGAGCCGUAUGAGGCUAAGAAUUGCUCAAAGGCUCAAGGAAGCUCAGAACACCUGCGCCAUGCUGACCACCUUCAACGAAGUAGACAUGAGUAAUAUCAAGGAAAUGAGGAAGCUCUAUAAGGAGGCUUUCUUACAGAAGCACAACGUCAAACUGGGUUUCAUGUCGGCUUUUGCUAAGGCGGCUUCGCAUGCUCUGAUGGAUCAACCUGCUGUCAACGCUGUCAUUGACGAUACAAGCAAAGAGAUCAUCUAUAGAGAUUAUGUUGACAUUAGCAUUGCCGUGGCAACUCCAAAGGGUCUUGUGGUACCAGUGCUACGUAACGUUGAAGCUAUGAAUUUUGCUGGGAUUGAGAAAGCCAUAAAUUUGUUGGGAGAAAAGGCUCGUAAAAAUGAGCUAUCUGUUGAAGAUAUGGAUGGAGGAACAUUUACUAUUAGCAAUGGUGGCGUGUUCGGCUCCCUGUUUGGCACCCCAAUCAUUAACCCCCCGCAGUCGGCCAUUCUUGGCAUGCAUGGCAUCUUCGACCGACCAGUGGCCGUCGAUGGAAAGGUUGAAGUCCGACCCAUGAUGUAUGUGGCGCUGACCUACGACCACCGGCUCAUCGACGGCAGGGAAGCGGUCAAGUUCUUGCGUAAGAUCAAAGAAGUGGUAGAAGAUCCCCGGCUGCUGUUCCUGGACAUGUGAUGCUCCACACAUCUCAUUAAUCCUUCAAAAUAGUUUGACUACACUAAAUGAAUGCCGCAGAAAGACAAAUUAUCCUCCAAAGUUGCAUGAGUAAAGUCAGGUGAAGGUGAAACAUUCCCAACCCCCAAAUGGAUCUAGAUCUGAAUCGAGAACACCAUACUUUUUAUUUUUUUUAGAAGAACCCAAAGCUUUAAUUGUUACAGAUCCAAAUAAAUUACCUUCCAGUGUUUGGUAAUCUUUAUAAUACUUGAUGUUUCAUUUUUUAAAGUCCCAAAUCAAUUAAAAUGUUGUAUAAAACGUCUAAUAAAGUGACCCUUCCAAUCUGAUGCUGCCACUACCAGAGCUUAUGUUAAAGGCUUUUAAUUAAACGGAAUUUUUAUUGAAGCAACUUGGAGUCUAACU